UUCUCCAAAAUAACUCACAUAAACUUAAAAUUUUCAACAUUUGAUCACAAAUACUCAGAACUUCAGUGAAAUUUGAUAUCACAUUCAUACAUCAAUUUGAGCACCAGAUUCAAUCUCGAGAGCUUCAUAAACCUUAAUCCACAUCUCGCACUUCAUCAACUACCUUCAAUUGGCAACUAAGUUCAAUGAGGGUUCUUCGAUUGGGCUUAUUGCUCGCUCUGGCAUCUGGAUUUGCAGCCAUUUCCAUUUACAUCACCGGACUCUCCAAUCCUUCUUCUGUAUAUACCAAUUAUCAACUCACAGAUGAAGAAACUGAAUCGUUGCUUUCGUUGCAUAACUCUUUCGAGAAGUGUGUGAGUGCGAAUGGACUUGGUCUAAAAGCAGCCAGGGGUAGUGAUUACUGUCAAACCACAAUAAGUUUUCCUAGUGAUACUAUACCAAAAUGGAAAGAUCCCAAAACUGGUGAACUUGAAGUUCUAUCUUAUGAUUUUAAUCUAUGUGAAGCUGUGGCCACAUGGGAACAGGUGCGAAAUAGCACCACUAUACUCACCAAGGAAUUCAUUGAUUCUUUACCAAAUGGAUGGGAGGAGUAUGCUUGGCGUAGGAUCAAUAAAGGAGUACAACUUAACCGCUGCGAGAACAAGACCUUAUGCAUGGAGAAACUUUCACUAGUGCUCCCUGAAACACCACCAUACUUCCCUAGACAGUAUGGGCGAUGUGCUGUUAUUGGUAAUUCGGGUGAUCUCUUGAAAACAAAAUUUGGAAAAGAGAUAGAUGGCUAUGAUGCCGUUUUAAGAGAAAAUGGCGCUCCAACUCAAAACUAUACCGAUUAUGUGGGUAGGAAAAGCACUUUCCGUCUUCUAAAUCGAGGAUCUGCCAAAGCACUUGAUAAAGUUGUAGAAUUAGAUGAGAAAAGAAAAGAAGUCUUGAUAGUAAAAACAACCAUUCAUGACAUCAUGAACAAAAUGAUCAAGGUAUGUUUCGUAAUCAAUGGAAAUCACCUUCCAAGAUCCUUUAUUUACUGUGCUACAUAUUCUAUAUCCAUUUGCAAAGCAAUCGGCUUUUGUCUUCUGCAGGAACUUCCUAUAACAAAUCCAGUAUAUCUCAUGCUAGGUGCUUCCUUUGGUUCAGCCGCAAAAGGAACUGGGCUUAAGGCUCUUGAAUUUGCCCUCUCCAUGUGUGAUUCAGUGGAUAUGUAUGGUUUCACCGUGGAUCCUGGCUAUAAAGAAUGGACAAGAUAUUUCUCUGAAUCUCGUCAAGGCCAUACACCAUUGCAUGGUAGAGCUUAUUACCAAAUGAUGGAAUGCUUGGGACUGAUCAAAAUCCAUUCUCCCAUGAGAGCUGAUCCAAACCGUGUAAUAAAAUGGGUUCCAAGCUCCCGUAUUAUAAGGGCUGCUAGGAUUGCAUCCGAGAAAUUACUGAGGAGAGUUGGAGCAGGAUCUGAAGAUCCAUUGCGUGCAUGUUCCAUAAUUAAGAAGCAAGCUAAAAGAAAUUUAAAUGCGCUUUCAAACCUCCGAAAGGCGGCACUGGAUCAUUUAAGGUAUGUGAAGAGCACAACCAUGUAUCCUCUGGAGCAUAAUCCAGGACAUGGGUUGCUUUGCACUGUCCCAACUGAUUGAACUGUACUGAGAUUUUAUGCAUUCAAUUUGUGCUUUCGGGAAGCAUCUGGCUGUCUACUAUUCAAAAACUUCUCUUAAUUCCUUUUGCAAAAUAUGUCAUCAACUUGAAAAAUUGGCAACGGAGUUUCCUACUCACGGUACAGUAGCUUAUCUGCAAAUUUUUUAAUCUUUCUCAUUCUUUUUGUUUCAAAACUACAAAUACUCGGAUAUUUGGUUGUGAGGGCUACAUGAUAGAACAGCUAGGACACAUUUUUUAGGCAUAGGAGCUACUGAGUUGAGCCCUAACGAGUUGAGCUGUAAUGAAUGUUUUUAUUUUUUAUGAUUACAUUAUAGGAACAAUAACUGUACACCCAUAAUAUAAAGACUUUUACUUGCA